GCAGGCCCCAGACUGCACGCCCUUCUUCAGCUCUCGUCCUCGACGGGAACGACGAUUAGCUUCCUGCCCCCAACGCCGCUGCCUCCCGCGGUCCCGCCGUUGCUCUCCGACCCAACGCCGCUUCCUCCCGCCGCCGCUCUCCGCCCGCCACGCCGGACCUAGACGCCUUCUACGGCCUCGGUCUCCCUUCACCAACUCCUGCCCCCGAGCGCCCCUCGACUCGGCCACCGACGCCGCUCCACUCCGCCCCCCGGUCGUAGGUCCCUGACGCCUUCUCCGCCCCCGCUAGCCAGCACCCGAGGCCGACACCUGGAGCCUCCAGAUCCGCCAAGUCCUUCCCACAAGGUCCUUUUUUAGUUGAUGUGCAGCAUAUCAAGAUUGUCUCUGUUAAUUUGCUUAGAUCAGUAAACUGAUGGGGACAUGUGAAGCACAAGUGAAGAAGCACCAAUGAUCAAUGUCUUGUCUAUUUCAGUUCUUAUUAUCCUUUGAGAUGGAAGGAAGAGAGGCAAGCUUAUGGUAAACCCUGGUGAAUAUUCAUGGGAGGUCAGCAAGUGGUGGCCUGACUAAGAUUGGUAGAAGAACAGAGUGUUUCAUCUCUGAUUAUUAAUGGUGAGAAUGAAGUUCCCAAAACGUUAUGUCAUAGUAUUGCUGACAUUCAUCUGCACAAAUGUUUGCUACAUUGAGCGUGUGGGUUUCUCAAUUGCUUACACUAUAGCAGCUGAUUCCAUCAAUGUGAAUCAAGCAAACAAGGGCAUGAUACUCUCUAUGUUCUAUUAUGGUUAUGUUUUAUCACAGAUUCCUGGUGGAUGGGCAGCACAGAGAAUAGGAGGUAGACGUGUCCUGCUACUGUCAUUCGUAUUGUGGUCUUUGAUAUGUGGUUUAAUUCCACUAGACCCCAACAGAGUGACCAUUCUGGUCUUUUCUCGCCUAUUUGUUGGUGUAGCACAGGGUUUCAUAUUUCCUGCCAUUCACACUGUUCUGGCACAAUGGGUGCCACCACAGGAGCGUUCUCGCUCGGUGUCUCUUACUACCUCAGGGAUGUAUCUUGGUGCAGCCUGUGGCAUGCUUUUCUUUCCAAGUCUGGUGAAGCACAUGGGACCCCAGUCAGUUUUCUUUGUUGAAGCAGUACUGGGAGUAGCAUGGUCUGUAAUAUGGUUGAAAUUUUCCAGUGAUCCACCUCGUACUGAUCUUCCAAAGGUGGCAAUGCCAAAAGUGGCAUCACGAGACAUGAUUAAGGCACAAGCAGUAGGGGUUGUCGCACCUCGCACUGUAAAGAUCCCAUGGCGAAGGAUAAUCUUCAGUCUACCGGUUUGGGCAAUUGUUGUUAACAACUUCACCUUCCACUAUGCCCUCUACGUUCUAAUGAACUGGCUCCCUACCUAUUUUGAGCUAGGCCUUCAGCUUAGCCUCCAGGAUAUGGGUUCCUCAAAGAUGCUUCCCUAUUUCAACAUGUUCAUUUUUUCCAAUGUUGGUGGAAUGAUUGCUGAUCACUUGAUUACAAGAAGGAUUUUGUCUGUUACCAAGACAAGGAAGCUCUUGAACACCAUUGGGUUUGUUGUCUCAGCCAUUGCACUCAUGGCCCUUCCUUUAUUCAGUACACCCUCAGGCACUGUAAUCUGUUCAGCGAUAUCUCUUGGUUUUCUAGCUCUUGGAAGAGCAGGGUUUGCUGUAAAUCAUAUGGAUGUUGCUCCAAAGUUUGCAGGGAUAGUAAUGGGAGUCUCAAAUACAGCUGGGACACUGGCUGGAAUUGUUGGUGUCGGCCUCACUGGAAAUAUUUUGGAGGCGGCAAAGGCUUCUAACAAGGAUCUAACAAGCUCAGAAACCUGGAAAAUAGUCUUCUUUGUUCCAGCAUACCUUUGUAUUUUCAGUUCCGUCAUUUUUUUAAUUUUUUCGACAGGUGAAAAGAUUUUCGAAUAAAGGGGGUUAUUUUUUACUCUUCUUUUUCUUCUCAUUUAUGGUGAGGCAGGAUAAUAAUACAGGAAUAUCACAUGUAUCUGUAGCAUUUGUUAAAUUUCAGAGUUCAGACUACAUCCGGCACAUGUAUUAUGUAUAAUAAUUAAGUCAGAGAAGAUCACACAUUUUUGUA